AAUUGUAAAGAUGGGGGAAAAUCACUCGUAGAGAGAGAGAGAGAGAGAGAGAGAGUAAUCGAAGAGGAGGAAGUCAAAGAGGCAGAGGCAGAGCCCGAGGCCGAGGCCGAGGCCGAGAGAGAGUAAUCGAAGAGGAGGAAAUCACAGAGGCAGAGGCAGAGGCCGAGAGAGAGUAAUCGAAGAGGAGGAAAUCACAGAGGCAGAGGCAGAGGCCGAGAGAGAGUAAUCGAAGAGGAGGAAAUCACAGAGGCAGAGGCCAAGAUAGCGUAAUCGAAGAGGAGGAAAUCACAGAGGCAAAGGCCGAGAGCGAGAGAAAAAGAGAGGGGAGAGAGAGAGAGAGCAGUGGUGCGAUGGAGGUCAAGCUUUGGCACGACAAGCGGGAGCGUGAGAUGUACGACAACUUUGCGGACCUUUUCGCCAUCGUGAAGACGACGGAGAAGUUGGAGAAGGCUUACGUCCGCGAUGUGGUGGGCGCCGCCGAGUACGAGGCGGAGUGCGCCAAGCUGAUCGCCCAAUUCCGGACCCUGGCCACUGCCCUCAGGGACACUGUCCCCAGCGUUGAGCGCUUCCUGGACACCUACAGGGCUGACUGCCCUGCGGCCGCUAACCGGCUGCUGGUGGCGGGGGUCCCCGCUACCGUGGAGCACAGGUCCUCGUUUGCAUCCGACCCGUCGUCUGCGGUGGCUGUGGCGGAGUGCGUGCAGCACUUCAUCACGGCCAUGGACUCGUUGAAGCUCAACAUGGUGGCUGUGGACCAGGUGCACCCAUUGCUCUCGGACCUCCUCUCAUCACUCAACAAGGUGCCCCAGAUUGGGCCUGACUUUGAAGGUAAGACGAAGACGAAGGAGUGGAUUUCAAGGCUUGCAAAGAUGGGAGCAGCUGAUGAGCUGACAGAGGGGGAGGCAAGGCAGCUGCUGUUUGAUCUUGACUCAUCCUAUAAUUCAUUCAUUGCUGCCCUGCCCAAGGCACCCCCUUCUUCGUCGGCUUCAUCCUCGGGUGGUGGUUCUUGACUUGCUGUGGUGGUACUUUUUAUUCUACUCACCAAGGCUGCACCUGUUUCUCUGCUCUUUCUGAUUACUAUGCUACGAUUUGCAAUACAAAUUUUGGGAUGAAGAACAUGUAUUGAGAAUGCCAGCGGUUCAAUGACACUCUCAAGAUGUCAAUGAAAUUGACAACAAAUUCAGCAAUUCACAUAUUUUUUUUUUUUAAAUAUAUGCAAAAAAAUUGCUGAAACAAUGAGAUGAAAUAUUUUGAACUAUUUCUUGAAAUUGCGUGUUUGCUGGACUUUAGAUCGAAUACCCCUCGUCAAAUCAGAUAAAAAUGAUUUUUCUGCUCAUUGAGCUGCCACACUUCUGAGAUCAAAUAUAAAAUUUAUGUGUUGAGGAAAUUCCUCUCAUCAUGAAAAUGUGAACAUUUCCUGCAAGUCUGGCAUUGAAUCAUUCUGUUUUCUUUUUGAUAAUUCACCUCGUAUAAAGCAAGAGGGAUAUAAAUCAAGUUGUACAAAAAGGCACAUGUAAAUGAAGGCUUGGACCACCACAAAGAAAAAAAAAAGAAAAAAACAAAAACUAGAAGAAAAGGGUAGAUAACAAGCCAGUGUCAAUUGGGGCAAAAGCAGUAGAGAUAUCUAACAUCAUGGCUAAGAAUCUCUAGUGAGCUCAAGUUCACUCAUUCCUUUUGCAAGUUUCCUUGGCUUCCUUAACAACAUCACUAGGCAUCUUGAAAAGAGACAUGUAGUAAAAUGGUAAAUUUGCCGGAGCUGCUUUUAUCAAUGUCACACGGCUCCCUAAAGAUAACUUCCAAGAAUCAAGUUUAUAUUGCAUUCUUUGAAUCAACGGAUCCCAAGGAGCCUAGGUUAUAUUAUUUUCUGAUAAAGGUAGCCCUAGAUAUUUUAUUGUGAAGCAUCCAAUCCCACAAUCAACCAUUUCUGCAAACUGUUUAACUUUACUUUCCUCACAAGCCACCCUAUAAUAUGCGUCUUUGCACUUCAAAAGCUCCUAAGAGAUCUCUUCAAAGGUUGGACUUCCAAGUUGUUAACUCCACAAUAAAUCAAUGUGUCAUUUGCAUAUAGUAGAUUUAGUGUUUGAAAAUUUGGCCGUCCGACUGCUUAGGAGGCCGCCUAGGCGAAAAAUUUCAAAAAACGCCUAGGCGUUGUCUGGGUGGUGGAAUUAUGUGGCCUAUUUUCGGGCGCCUGCCUACGCGGGCAAGGUGCCGCCUAAGCGCUACUGGCAGCUAGGCACCCAAAACACCUAGGCGCCUGAAUUUGCAUUUUUGAGUAUUGGGUAGAUGAGAUACUAUUGUCCUAUUAUUUUUAACUUGGAAGCCAUUUAAUAUACCUAGUUCAACUAUAGAUGUGAGCAUUAUACUAAAUAUUUCACCCAUUAUUGUGAAUAAGAACAUCGACAAGAGAUUCCGCUGUCUAAUCCUACGUGAUGCUUUGAAGAAACCUUUGGGCUUACCUUUGAUAAGAAUAGAAAAAUGUGUUGACUCCAGGUAGCUUUUUAUCCACAUUAACCACCUACCACCAAAACCCAUUCCCUUUGUAGUUCGCAACAAUAUUCUCCACUCAAUCUUGUCGUAGACUUUCUCAAGCUCAAUUUUGCAGAUAAUGCCUGCUUUUUUAUCAGCAAUCUGGGAACUUAUAACUUCUUGCGCAUAUAAAAUGCUAUCCGUAAUUUGUCUAUUUUUGAUAAAUGCUGAAUAAGGACCUUUAAUUACCAAAGGCAAAAUAAUCUUUAAUCUUCUCGCCAAACAUUUGGCUAGAAUUUUGUGAAGAUUGGAUAAAAGCCUGAUGGGUCUGAUAUCACUUAAGUUUUCAAUCACCCCCUUUUUGGAAAUAAACGAAAUGAAAGUCGAGCUAAGGCUAACAUUCACGACACUUCUAUUAUAGAAUUAAAAAACAUCAUGUUAACAACUUCAAUCUUAGGUCAUCUAAUACGAGAUCUCUAUCUCCAGUACAUCUCAUCAGCCUUAAGCCAUUCAUGCAAUUCCUAAUUUUGAUUAUUACAUAAGGCUAUAUCUUCCAUCUCAAUUACUCGAGAAUCUCAUUUUUCAUGUCUAAAUUAUGUAUCUUUGACCUAGUCUUCUCCACCUUCAACUUAUAAUUAAUAACAGUCAUCUUUCUCCAUUCUAUCAACUCCCUUAUCGCAUCUUGCACUUUUUUGGAGGCCACAUAGCCAGACCACCCUUGCACAUCAGUUCUACUCCAAGCAUCUAUAAUCUGAUUCAUAGCUUUUUCUUUGUCCAUGCUAUCUCAAAUUUAAAGUAACCACUUCCUCCUAUCAAAGAUUCACGUUCCCAUAUUAGAGGAAGAUAGUCAGAAGAAAGUUUUGGAAGGGCACAAGAUGAACCUCAGAGGACAAAGCUUAGCCCAACCAGGAUUAACUAGAAAGUUGUCUCGACAGGUCAUAAUAGGAUUCGUAGAGCAGUUAUUUGACCAGGGCCUAGCCGUUGGAAUGUCCAGUAACUCGAAACUAUAAAUGAAAUUAGAGAAAGAUCUCAUACAGGGAUUAAUUCUAUGCUCAACACUAGAUUCAUCGGGCCAUCUGAUAGCAUUAAAAUCCCCACCAAUGUGCCAUGGUAAAAAAAGUGCCCCCCCCCCCUUCCAACCCCCCCAACUCUAGAAAGCUCAGCCCACAAAUCGGGCCUACAAACAAAACUGUUAGGUCCAUAAACAUUUGAAACAAGCAAACGAAAUCCAGUAGAAAUAUGGAAAAAAAUACACGAGAUAGACCAUGAUUCCACACAAGACAAUUCGCACAACCAAACCGAGGGGUCCCAAAUAGUCCAAAUGCCCCCUGACAAACCAACAAAAUCUUUACAACAAAAUUGUAUGGGUCUUCUACUCCAUACAACCCUGACAACAAACAAAUUAGGACUAAAAUCUUUAUUUCUUGUACCAAAACUAAAUUAGGGCAUUUUUUCUUAACCAACGAAAGAAACUCUGAUUUACGUUUAAAACUACAAAGACCCUUAGUAUUCCAUGAAAGGAUUUUGAUCAUUGAGACAAAUAAGAAGAGCCAUGUCUGGUAGCAUACCUGCUAGCAGACUUGGUCUGGGCACCAGGGUCAUUCGGCUUAUGACUAUGACUUUUCACCGCGCUUUUUAUGCCCUCAACCUUUUCUUUAUCGAAUUCUCUCACAUUCCUGCUACUAGCUUUCUGCUUCUUCGUUAACCACUUACUCGCUAGACUUUGCAUUGCUUCAACCGCAUCCACGAUCUCCUCCAUUGAAUCUUCUGCCUGAAUAUACAUGCCCUCUAACAUUUGGUAAACUUGAACUUGUGAUUCAUUAUUCUCCUCUUCUACUGCCAGAACCAUCCGCAAUGGUAGCUCAUAUACAACAGAUUCCUCAUUAGUCCAUUGCUGCAUUUAUUGGUAAUAAGGGUGGUAACGACAGUUCUUUUGCUUCUAAUGGCGAUGUUAAUGGUAGAUUGCCCUAUGCUCAUAAUUGCUAGAGUUGACUCACAGGUGUGCACAAUAAACCUGAUCUGAAACCAUGUGUCUUGGAUGGGUUUUGUGAAGAUACUGCAAUUUUAAAAGUUACAGAGGCAAUUUGUUGUGCAAGAAGAAAGAAGAAAGGUCUUACAAUCAACUCUGCUUGGAUCUUUUUCUCCGCCAUUAACAAAUCUUGGAGGGUUAGAUCAUUGGGCAUGGAAGGUGUGGAACUUAUCUGAGAUACCUAUUUGCAAGUUUUAUAUGAAUCACUUUGUGCUAUUCCUCUUGUUUGAUAAAGAUAAUGGUGAUGCGAUUCUUCAAAGGAAACAUUGGAGGUAUAGAGGAAAACUCUUAAUAACUCAAGACUAGUCUGUAUCUUUAAAAUUUUCAAAAAUCGUCCUUGAGAGAUGCUGGAUUAAGGUGGAAGGGUUACCAAUUCAUGUGUUGAAUUAUGAGGUAUUUAAUCAAAUUGUGGAACUAUGUGGUAAAUAUUUGGAAGUGAAUUGGAAAUAUGUGAUUGGUUUUAACGUUGGUAUUCUUCGUCUAAAAAUUGAAAUAAAUUCAAGAAAAUCGCUUUCCUGAGAAUAUCAUCUUGAAAGCUGAACGUUCUGAAUUUUUGCUUAAAAUUAUGAUAGAGGUUCCCUUGGGCCAUGGGGCUAGUUGAAGAUCGGCUAAUAUAGAAUCAAAUCAUGUCAAAUUAGAUGGAGAUGAGGAAGGUUGGCAAUAAAUCAACAGGAACAAGAAUAUGUAUGCUCAUCUUGAUACUCAUGGCCAAAAUGGGAAAAAUCAACUAUUGAGAAAGCCAUUGGAGAUGUAGUUGAAGGUUCUGGGUAGGGGUAAAUGGGGGGAUAUGUGUUUCAAUCAGGGUAAUAUCACGUGGUAUAUGAAGGUUUGGAAUUCUUGAGAUGGUUUUCAAAAAAGUGAAAUGGGCAGUAAAAUGUUAUGGCAUGUCAAGCAAAAUGGUAUGAAGGGGCAAAAUGGGGAGAAAAAAGUUAGUCAUGUCAAGCAAGAUUUGUUGUUAAGGAUUGAAAGGAAUGGAGGGAUAGACGGUGAUAAAGGUGGCAUGAUAAGUACUAACAACGGUCAGAAGGGUAAUUUGGUCAAGGAGAAUUCAAGGAGUCAUGAAUUCUGGGGCAUGAUAAUUACUAACGACGGUCAGAAGGAUAAAUUGGUCAAGGAGAAUUCAAAGAGUCAUGAUUCAUGAAUGUCUAGGGUAGGAUGGUAAUAAUACUAUGAUGGAUGUGAGUUGGCGUGUUAAUGGGCAGUAUGAGGAAAUAACAGCUAGGCAUGAUCGGAUGGUUGAGUGUUGUGGUAACAUUGAGAUGAAUGGUGAUAAGGCAUACAACCUUUGAUGCCAGGAAGGUCAAUUGAAUAACAUGGAUGUAUAAGAUACGCUGAACGGGAUUUCGAAAUCCCUUGGGAAGUGGAAUCAGGGACAGGUGGGGGCUGUGAGGGACGUGGGAAAUUGUACGGGGUAAGGAAAUGGCGACAGUUGAGAAGACAGGGAGUUAUGUAAAGGUGCAAGAGGAAAAGAUGGGGAUAGUGUAAGGAUGGCUUUUAUGGAAAAAUAAAGAACGCAAACCUAUUCAGAAGCUUGUAAGAUUGAGAUUUGAAGGAGAUAUUGGAGACAUGAAGAGAUUUCUUCCAUAUAGGAAAUCCGCAGUAACUUCUAGACCAUGGCCCCCAAAGAAUUUUGAUUGCAACGAUUGGCCUCAAGAUUAGAUAAUCAAGAUAGAUGUAGAAGAAGAUUGUAGGAAUAUGGGGGAAAUGGUUUAGAAUUUGGAAAGGAAUACCCAAUUGUUGUGUUUGAGACUGAUGAAUCUUCAAUUCUCAGCAAUGGACAAAUGAGGAGAUUGUUGUAGAUGUGUUACCCUUACGCAUGGUUCCAGCAGUAGAAGAUGUGAAUCAUGGACCGCGUAUCCAAGUUCACAAGAUCUUAGAGGCUAUGACAUAUUUAGGUAAAUGACUCAAUGGAUGUGAUUGUGGAAGCAAUAGAAGCAAUGCAAAGGCCAUAGAAUAAGCAAUCGAAGAAGGAGCAAGCUAGUCGCAGGAAGGUGAAAGUUGUUGACAAAGGAAAGAUUGUGGACUAAGAAGAGCGUGGUGAAAAGACGUAGCUAGAAGCCGGAUGACCCAAGUGCUCAAACCAUGUCUGUCAGUAGGAAUGCUACCAGACAUGGCUCUUCUUCGUUGUCUCAAUGAUACUGUUUCUUUCUUGGAAUACUAGGGGUCUUUGCAGUUUUAAACACAAAUCAGAGCUUCUUUUGUGGUUAAGAAAAAUGGCCCUGAUUUAGUUUUGUUGCACGAGCAAAGACUUUUAGUCCUAAUUGGUUUGAUGUCAGGGCUGUAUGAAAUUGUUUUCUAAUUUCAUUUCAAGCUUUGAGCUUUUGGACAUACCAGCUGCAGGAGCCAGGUUUACCUAGUCAAACAAUUGCUCUGCUAAUCCUAUUAUGAUCCGAUUGAAUCACUUUCUAGUCAAUCCUGGUUGGGCUGAGCUUUUUCCUUUGGGAUCAGCUCGUGCCUUUCCGAAGCUUCUUUUGACCAUAUCCCUCAGAUAUGGGAAAGUGAAUAUCUGAUAAUAGGUGGAGGUUACUUUAAGUUUGAGAUGGCGUGGACAAAGGAAAAAUCUAUGACUAAUCUGUUUAUAAAUGCUUGGAAUAGAAAUGAUGUGCAAGGUUGGUCUGAUCAUGUGGCGUCCAAAAAAGUGCAAGUUGUGAAAAGAGAGUUGAUUGAAUGGAGAAAAAGGAAUGUUGUUAAUUAUAAGUUGAAGGUGGAGGAGAUUGUGUCAAAGAUACCUGAAUUAGAUAUGAAGGAAUGGGAUUUUGGAGUAAUUGAGAUGAAAAAUGUGGCUUGCCGUAAUAAUAUAAAUAAGGAAUAACAUGAAUGGCUUAAGGCUGAUGAGAUUUAUUGGAGACAAAGAUCUCGAAUUUGAUGGUUAAAACAAGGGGAUUUAAUACCUGUUUCUUCCAUGCAACUGCAAAUGUUAGAAAACGCAUACACAAUAUUCAAGGACUAAAAAUAGAUGGGUUUGUGGAAGGGGAUGAGGUAGGCUUGAAAAAUGCAAUUGUUAAGCAUUUCCAGGGGGGUUUCUCAUCUGAUUUUGUCCCUAACAUUGAUUUUAGUCAAGUACCCUUUCAUAGGUUUCCUUCAGAAUGGAGAACAUGGAUUGAGAGAUCUUUUACUGAAAUGGAAAUCAAAGAAGCCGCAUUUAGUCUGGCAGGGGAUCAUACCCAUGGACCUAAUGGGUUUCCAUUGGUGUUUCUCAGCAAUACUAGGAUUCAGCUAAGAAUGAAGUUGUAAAUAUGAUGCAUGAAUUCUAUAAUAGGGGUAUUGUUAAUGUUAGCCUUAACUCUACUUUCAUUGUCCCUAUUACCAAAAAGGGAAUGAUUGAAAGUUUAAGUGAUAUUAGACUCAUCAGCCUGUUGUCCAUCCUUUACAAAAUUCUUGCUAAUUGUUUGGCGAGAAGAUUAAACACUAUGCUUCCUUAGAUAAUUAAAGGUCUUCAAUCUGCGUUUAUCCAAAACAUUCAAAUCACAGAUAGUAUUCUAUGUGCUCAAGAAGUAAUUUGUUCUUGGAUUGCUAAAAAGAAACCAGAUAUUAUAUGUAAGAUUGAUCUUGAGAAAGCCUAUGACAAGGUUGAGUGGAGGGUUUUGCUGCAAACUAUGAAGGCUAUGAGUUUUAGUGAUAGGUGGUUAAUGUGGAUGAAAGAUUGCUUGGAGUCAACACAUUUCUCUAUUCUUAUUAAAGGUAAAGCCAAAAUGGUUCUUUAAAGCAUCCGUAGGAUUAGACAAGGGGUUUCUUUGUCCCCUUUCUUAUUCACGAUAAUGGGAGAAAUUUUUAGUGUAAUGCUGACUUCUGUAGUUGAAAUGGAUGUGCUAAGUGGCUUCCAAGUUAAAAACAAUGGGACGAUAGUGUUUCAUCUGCAAUAUACAGAUGAUACACUGAUUUUAUGUGGGGCAAGUGACCUGAAAAUCCAAACUUUCUAGAGGUUUCUUAGAUUUUCUGAAGUGGUGACGUGGCAGAAGGUAAACCUGCAAAAGACGCAUAUGAUAGGGGGCUUGUGAGUAAAGUUAAAGAGUUUGCAGAUAUGGUUAAUUGUGGGAUAGGGCGAUUUCCAAUAAAAUAUCUAAGGCUACCUUUAUCAGAUAAUAAUAGAACCUCGGCUCUUUGGGAUCCUUUGAUUUAAAGAAUGCAAUAUGCACUUGAUUCUUGGCAAUUUGAAUUGUUGUCCUUGGGGGGCCCACGUGACCUUGAUAAAAGCAGCCUCGGCACAUUUACCAAUUUACUGCAUGUCUCUUUUUAAGCGUAGUGAUGUUAUUAGCAAACUUGAGAGUCUAAUGAAAAGGUUUCUAUGGGGUGAAAGUGAUGAUAAGAAGAAAUAUAAUCUUGUAAAAUGGGAGCAGGUGCUUUCUCCUAUUCGUGAUGGAGGCAUGGGGAUCAAAAGGCUGAAAAUUAUGAAUAGUGCUUUAUUAACAAAAUGGUGGUGGAGAAGUGCUAAGGAGAAGGAUCAGUUAGGGAGAUGUAUUCUCAAAGAAAAAUAUGGGGAAGAUUUGGAGCAUAGUAUCCUGGCUAAGGGAACUAAUAAGAAAGGCAUUUCAGUUAUGUGGAAGGGGAUUGUUGCCUAUAGAGAUUUCUUCUUAAGAUACAUGCGGAUGGUGGUGGGUAAAGGAGAUAGUGUUAGAUUCUGACAGCAAAAAUGAAUUGGAGACAGGCUUUUAAAAAAUCAGUUCCCCCAUUUAUUUGCUAAAUUCAAUUCUAGAAGUAAGACUGUGUGGGAGAUGGUUGAAGGCAGAGGUUUUAAGUCAAAUCAGGACUUCCUAUAGGAGGGUUAACAAUGAGGUAAUUGACGAAUAUGUUCAAUGUUUGUUGUUGUAACAACAGUAUUACUAUUGCCCAGAUUUGGAAGACAUAUUUGUAUGGGAACCAAGUAGAAAUGACAACUAUUCUGUGAGUUCAGCAUACAAAUUGUCGUUUUAUGAUCGCAACAGAUGGACUGAUUUAGAUGCAAGUAAAAUUUGGAAGUGGCCAAUACCUUUGAAAGUUAGAGCGUAUCUGUGGUUAAUGAAAUUGAGAAAAUUGUUUACUGUUGAUAUGUUGAGAAAACACGGAAAAAUUAUAGUUAAUGUUUGUAUUAUGUGUAAAAUGGAUGAGGAAUCUGUUGAUCACCUUUUCCGUAAUCGCUGCUAUACAAAAUCAGUGUGGUUGUCGGCUCUAGCGAGCUUGGCCUUCAUAAUGGCACUCCUCUGCGGGUCGACUGUUUUUUUAGGGAUUGGUUGGUAGCAGGGCUUGGUAAGAAGGGAAGAAAGAUAUGGAAAACUGUAAAAGCUACUGUGUUAUGGCAAUUAUGGAAGGAACAAAACAAAAGAUGUUUUGAAAGCAAGGCAAAAUCAGCUAUUGAACUGUUUGAAAGAAUUCUAGUAGUGGCUGAGUGGUUUGCAGUUAAUGAGUGGUGGGGCGUGUCGAGAAUGGACUUAAUGUACAAUUUGCAUAUUAAUUAGAGAGAGUACAGUGAAGGAAACAAGGGUGGGGAUUUGGAAAUGUCCUGCAGAAAGAUGUGUCAAGUUAAAUUUUGAUGGUAGCUCUAUGGGGAACCCAGUCCCAGCGGGUAUAGGAGGCAUUAUCAGUGAUUGUUGAGGUAAUGUGGUGACGAAAUAUUAUGGUCCAAUAGGUGCAGUGACUGAUAAUGAAGCAGAGUUGAGCGCGGUACUUCAAGGUAUAAAACUAGUCAAAAGAUUCAAUACGCCUGUUAUGGUGGAAGGGGAUUCCUUGAAUAUUAUUAAUUGGAUAAAGGAAGAGGCAGAAUACCCUUGGAAGUUACAUAGCCUGGUUUGUAAAGUGAUUGAUUGUUGUGUUGAUAUGGAGGCGGAAUACUCUCUCUCUCUCUUCCCCCUGAUUGUUGUGUUGAUAUGGAGGCAGAAUACUCUCUCUCUCUUCCCCCCACAACCACCACCCCAUCACCGCCUCGACCACCAGCAUUGCGAUCACUUCUGCCACCAUAUCACCACCAACAGUACUACCCCACCUACUCCACCACCACCACAUGACACCCACCGCCACUACUACCACCAUCAUUCACACCGUCAUUGUCACCACCCCCACCAUAAUCGCAAUACCUCCAAGUUGCAAUUCAAAUUAAAACAAACAAACACCCCUAGAUGGCAAAUGAUACUGAUCAAAUUGUCAUUUAGUCAUUACAAAAUUGGAAUGAAAAGGAAACACCAUUUGACUAAAUUUGAAAUCAAAAGGCACCUAACACAAACUGUUAACUUUCUGCGUCAGUCUAUAGCCAAUUAGGUUCACUGUGGCAAAGGCGAUUUAGGGCCAUUUGCAAAGAUUGGGUGUAUCAUUAGAUUUUCUAUAAGCAAGCCUUUGAGGAUCCUCCCUUUGCAUUUGAAACAAGGAUUUUCUAGGAACUCAACCCAUGUUAAGGGAUUCCAACCUGAGUAAAGCAAUAUCUAGUAUCUACAUAUCUAUUCUUUCAGCUUGUACUCUUCCAUGUUUACCAAUGAUGCACUUUGGGAUUUUUUUUCCCCUUAAGAAAGUGCACAUUGGCUUGUACUCUCAUGAUACCAAUGGUGCACUUUGGGCUUUCAGUGCAGAGGGUACUUGCUUAGCAUGCUUGUGUCUUAGAUAGUAACAUCUGUAUUUACUUUUUUGUUCACCUGUAAACCUAUGGACUGUGUUAUUGGAACACCUUUGAUAUAAUCAGCUUUAGUAAUUAAUUCCAUUCCUGUUGUAAUUCGUGCUUCUGAUCUAAAUUUUCACGAAAAGGCAACAUGCUGCAAUUGUCUGUUAUGUGUUUUUAUGUUUUUGCAAGAGAGUCUUAUAUUGCAUCUUCUAAGCGUAUUGUGUAUUUUGUUUACCAGCUCAUUUGACAAGAGCCCAACCACUAGUUUGAGCUUUAUGCUUUCGAUACGCAGCCAAGAUUCAAAAUUGUUACUAGGAGGCUAUGUAAAGUAUGGUUAAUUCUUUGACGGCAAGAUAAGAGCUGUACAUCCAACUAUUUCAAUGUUUCUUUGUGUUGCUCUUUAGAAACCAAAAUUUUGAUUUGCGGAUUGAGACAAAUAUAGCUCAAUGCUGAAAGACACAAGAAAGUUACUUGUCAAUUUGUUCAUAAAAAGAAUAUAAAAAAGCGAUGUCUUUUUAUGGGGUCAAUGUUAGAUCCUUUGUACAUCC